UUUUUCUUCCCCGCCGCGCCUCUGUUUGCAGAUGUGAAGUGGACGGAUUUCACGCAGGGCGUGAUGGUGCCGGAGAGACCCCCGGAGCCCGACUGCAAGAGCCGGGGCCAGGAGCGAUGCAGAUGCAAAAAGACGAAGCCUACACUGUCGACCUACCUGGCCAAGAACUACAGUUACAUCAUUCAUGCUAAAGUAAAAAGCGUAGAAAGAGGGAACUGCAACGAGAUAACGACUGUGGUUGAAGUCAAAGACAUCCUCAAGUCUUCGAUGCCAAUUCCUCUUUCUCAAGUGCCUCUUCUUACAAAUUCCUCGUGCCAGUGUCCACCUCUUCAACCAAAACAGGAUGUUCUCAUCAUGUGCUAUGAAUGGCGCUCAAGGUUGAUGCUUCUUGAUGGAUGUCUAGUUGAAAAAUGGAAGGAUCAGCUGAACAAAAGGUUUAAGAGGUGGGAACAGAGACUGCAAGAACAGAAGCUGCGAACGGCCCACAGUAAGAACCAGAAUGCAGGACGCAGUGGUCGGAGUGGAGCCCCAAAACCGUCAACCAAGAACACCAGUCCCCUGGUCAGUGGCCCCAAAAAGACCAUGAAAAUAAGAAAUGGCCAGAAAGAAGUCAAUCCUAAAAGAGUAUGA